AUGAAGUUGCAGGGAGAUGAGGUCCCGCUGCUGUUGUACACUAGCGGCACCACCGCGAUGCCCAAGAGUGUGCAGCAUUCCCAUAACUCUAUCAUCGCGGCGGUACAAGCAAGUAUGCACCCCUUCUUCUGGCCGCAUCCUCCUACCACUGAUGAAAGCAACCAGACGCGCUCUCUGCUCAUCAGGGACAUCGGGUUAGGGUUCGGACUGAUCUGUGCCUUAAUGCCCGGGAUCGCCACAGGGAUGUGUCUCAUCAUCAAAACUUUAGACGAUAACACUUUCCUGAGAGACGUUGAAGAGUUUAGGAUAAACACAAUCGCGAUCGUGCCCUUGAAUUUCCCGACGGUGCUGCGCGUGGGCAGUGAGCGCCAGGAUUUGCUCAAGCAUUUCCGGCACGUGCUUGUGAGUGGCGCCCCUAUUCCGAAGGCCCACGCCACCGCUGUGGCCAGCACCAUGCCUGGGGUCUUCGUCCAGAAAGGUUACGGCGCGUCGGAGACGUUCGGGAUAGCACAAGACCCUGUGGGUGGCGGCAAGCCAGGGUUCACAGGCAGCGUCAUCCCCAACGUUGAGCUCAAACUCAAGGAUCUCAACUCAACGGCGUUACUGCCCGCCAACCGAAUAGGAAUCCUAUUCGUCAAAAGCCCCAGUAAAAUGCAGGGUUACCGCAAUAACCUGGCGGAGACUAAUAACGUUAUCGACGAGGAAGGCUGGUACAACUCAGGCGACGUGGCCCUCGUGGACGAGGACGGCUACGUCCAGAUCGUCGACCGCGUCAAGGAGAUCAUCCGCCUUGAAUAUGGCAGUGCUGCCCCAGCGGAGUUGGAGAACACGAUCCUGGAGAUUGAGGGGGUGAAGGAGGUGAGCGUCAUUGGGACGCUCGAUGCCAGCACAGGAAUUGACUCCAUUUACGUUUUCAUAGUAAAUAAAACGGACGUUUCUCCCCCCAUUAACGAAGAAGACGUUGUAAAUUACGUCGUGCCUCAAUUACGUUACCUCAAUGAACUAAAGCGGCCUAGAAAAGUGGUUUUCAUGGACGCUUUGCCUCGGAACGACAACGAGAAGGUCGACCGCAAACUGCUGCGACUAAAAGCGAAGGAGAUGGAGAAAGAGAAAUAA